UGUUUUCGUGCAAUCUGGAAAGGAAAGAAAAGCAAUUUUCCCGACAGUGUGAAACACAAAAUUCAUAAACAGUGCGUGUUUAUUUUUAUUUUACGAAAUAUAUUAAAUGAAAUGUUGCGUGUAUUAAUCUUAUCAGCCGUGACUGCCGCUUUCAGAAGCAACUACGUUACGGUAGCUGCAAUGAGUGGCGCUAAAUCGGUCGACUUCGAAGUAUUUGGCCGGGUGCAAGGAGUAUUCUUCCGAAAGUACACGAAGGAGCAGGCUCAGAAGCUUGGUCUUCGAGGAUGGUGCAAGAAUACGCCCCAUGGAACUGUGCUCGGCCACAUGCAGGGACCUUCUGACAAAAUGGAGGCCAUGAUGCAGUGGCUGAAAACCACAGGCAGCCCCAGUAGUAAAAUAGAAAAAUGCGAGUUUAGGAAUCAGAUGGACAUCGAAAAAUUUACUUUUACGGAUUUUGAUAUCCGUCGAGAUGAAAUGUAACUCGUGUGUACUUUGAAUGAUAUGUGAUAUUGGGAGAGUUUACCCAUGACUGUAAUGUGGUAUUAGUAAUUUAUUUGAUUAAAGUUAAAAUACACAUAGCUUAAAAGCGUA